CAUUCUGCAGCAUGAUCUCAUUGCCUGUACAUGAAAGGUGCCGUUUAGCCUUAGGGAAUAAUUUGUUAUGUAAGGAAAAAAAUAUUUCAUUGUCUUUCCUUGGUGACGAUAUAAGCUCAGCCCAUGGGAACUCAUAUGUAAGGCAGUAGGACAGGCAGCAGUUGUAAAAUCUUUCACUGUGGUACGACACAAACAUUUAUAAUGAACAAUCCUGGAACUCAGAAGAGAGGCGACAAUUCCCAGCAUUUAAUUGAAACCCAGAGUGGGCAUGGCGUUUGCUCUUGGAUAAUAAUCGGAUUUUCCUUCUUCUUUUUGAUGAUUACAUUUCCCUUUACCAUCUGGUUCUGCUUUAAGAUUGUUAAAGAAUACGAACGUGCUGUAAUAUUUCGCCUUGGUCGCAUAUCAUCUGGAAGGGCAAAGGGACCUGGCUUGUUUUUUGUGUUGCCUUGUACUGACAACUUUGUGAAAGUUGACCUAAGAACAAUUUCUUUUGACAUUCCCCCACAAGAGAUCUUGACAAAGGAUUCGGUAACCAUCUGUGUUGAUGGAGUUGUGUACUUCAGAAUCUACAAUGCUAUUAAUUCAGUAGCCAGAGUCACAAAUGCAUAUGCUGCUGCCCGAAUGCUGGCCCAGACUAUGCUGAGAAAUGUUUUGGGUACAAAGACCUUGGCUCAGGUUCUAUCUGAUCGUGAAGAGAUUGCAAACUAUUUGCAGUCAUCACUAGAUGAAGCCUCUCAUGAGUGGGGCAUAAAAGUUGAACGAGUGGAACUUAAAGAUGUCAAACUACCGGUACAGAUGCAAAGAGCUAUGGCAGCUGAGGCCGAGGCAACCCGUGAAGCCAAAGCUAAGAUUAUUGCAGCAGAAGGAGAGAUGAAUGCCUCUCGGGCACUGAAAGAAGCCUCCCUCGUGAUUACCGAAUCUCCAGCUGCACUUCAGCUCCGUUAUCUGCAGACACUGACCACCAUUGCAACGGAAAAGAAUUCCACAAUUGUGUUUCCUUUACCUAUUGAUCUGCUACAAGGAUUAAUGCAAAAAUCAAAAUAAAUGACUUUCAGGACUUAAACAUCAUUUACUCUGUACUGAUAAGCUCUGGAUUUGCAUUUCCUUAAUUUCUUUGUAUCAGACAUCUUGUUGAUACGUUGUGUGAUGAUAUACCUGGGUGUUUUAUUAUUUCUAUACAUAAAAUGUUAUGAAGUGACAUUAAGCUUUGGGUAUCAGUCUGAGAAUGGAAAAAAAUCACCUUUAUUUUAUGUCUGUAUAUUUAAAAUGUGAUUAUGUUAUUCACUGAGUAAUAAAAGUGAACAUCAUAGCAAAAUGAAAGGGGAAGUGAGCAAAAAUGGUAGGUUACUCAAGACACUUCCUGUUAAUAUAUAUAACAAUCCCUGACAAUUUUAUGUCUUGAAGAGACAAAAGUUGCUUUACUUAUGUGGCAAAAGAUUAUUCCUUUUUUUUUUCUAAGAUGUAAUCUGUCCUUUGAUAAAAUGUGAUGUAAGUAAUUAUAUCUGAAAAAAUAUUAUUUUGUGAAUUACACGAUGAAAUAUGAAAUGCUUUAAUAAAAACAAUACAUUUAUUCUUUUAA